AUGCCUCCUACCUCCUUCUAUGGUAUCCUUGUCGCCCUAAUAACUCCCUUCACUCCUAACCAAUCCUGCAUCGACGCCUCCGCCCUGCAUUCUCACAUCGACACUCUCAUCACUGCCGGCAUCCACGGCCUCGUUCCCGCUGGUAGUACAGGCGAAUUCACCACUCUCUCUCGCCCCGAACGUAAAGAGCUCCUAGAUCUUUGUAUCAAAUUUGCCGCAGGCCGGGUCCCUGUUAUCGCGGGAAUAGGAAGCACAUCAACCGAUGAAGCGGUUGAGCUGGCAGCGCAUGCAGGACAGGCCGGCGCAGCAGCGCUAAUGGCUGUUCCACCGUUCUAUGACCCUUUGAACUAUACGCAGCUAAGGGAAUUUUUGGCUGCGAUUUAUGAGGCCUCGGGCUCCUCUUCUUCGUCCAGGCUGCCGAUUAUCUAUUACCACAUCCCCUCCGCCAGCGGGGUAACGCUAUCCCCGAGUCAAAUCGCCAGUUUGUCUGAUGUUGGCGUAAAGUAUGUCAAGGAUACUUCUGGCAACGCACCUGCAUACACGGAAUUGAUAUUCGGGCUUUCGGACAAGAUCACUACAUUUAACGGUUGGGAUACGCUUAUGUUCUACGGACUUGCUGCGGGGGCUCCGGGGGCCGUGUGGGGUGCUGCCAAUUUCAUCCCUGAGCUGGCGGUUGAGCUUUGGGAGGCCAUGGCUGUGGAGAAAAACCUGGACAAGGGCAGAAAAUUGUGGUCGAAAAUAUGGCCGAUUUGUAAAUUCCUGGAAACUCAUAAUUAUGCGGCGGCGGUUAAGACAGGGGUUGAGUUGAGGGGCCUGAGGACCGGGGGACUGAGAAGGCCGUUUGCAUUGCUUGAGGGAGGCCUGAUAGACGAGUUGGCUGCAUUGAUGGAAAAUGCCGGGGUGAGUGUUGUCAGACAAGCCUAG